AUGUCUUCCAACAUCCACCUCUACACGACCCAGACGCCGAAUGGCAUCAAAAUCUCCAUCACAUUGGAGGAGUUGGGGUAAGAGUCGACCAGGCGUUCCAUCAGACUACGAUGUAUUGACUGAGGGCCAGUCUCCCGUACGAAUUCACCAAGAUCGACAUCUCCAAGAACACCCAGAAGGAGCAAUGGUUCUUGGACAGUACGUUGUCCUUCGCCACUCACGAGGAGAAUAGCCAUUGACGGUGUAAACCAGUCAACCCCAACGGCCGCAUUCCAGCUCUGACGGACACUUUCACCGAUGGAAAGCCCAUUCGCGUCUUCGAAUCCGGAGCGAUCAUGCAGUAUCUCGUGGAACGAUACGACAACGAUCACAAGAUUAGCUAUCCCGCGGGAUCUCGCGAGCAUAUCGAAGUGAGACCACUUGCAUUGCCAGCAGAUAUUGGCGCUGACAUCUCGUAGAUGACCAAUUGGCUCUUUUUCAUGAACGCUGGCGUGGGACCCAUGCAAGGCCAAUCCAACCAUUUCACUCGCGUACCUUUGACCCAACCAACACGAUACGAUACGACAUGCUUCGCUGACACUCCACACAGUACGCUCCUGAGCAAAUCCCAUACGGUAUCAACCGGUAUCAGAACGAGACCCGUCGUCUCUAUGGCGUGCUGGACAAGCACUUGAAGGACAGUGGGAACCAGUACCUUGUCGGAAACAAGUGCACCAUUGCAGACAUCGCACACUGGGGUAAGCCCACCAACGCUACGUCGUCGCGUUGGAGACGAGCUGACAUGGCUUCUUCUUUCUUCCUCCUGCAGGCUGGGUCUCUGCUGCAGGCUGGGCCGGAAUCGAUAUCGACGAAUUCCCGACCCUAAAAGCAUGGGAGGACCGAAUGUGGGCGAGACCCGCGCUUCAAAAGGUACCCUCCUCUUCGCUACUAAGCUUGUGCGAAAUCCGUGAUCACGUUUGCUGACAAAAGGUCUGAAGGGUGCUAAUGUUCCAGACCCUUACAAGAUGAAGGAGCUGUUGUCCAACAAGGAGGCGAUGGAGAAGCACGCCGCCGAGAGCCGCAACUGGAUUCAGGCCGGCAUGAAGGACGAUGCGAAGAAAUGA